GAUUUAACAUUUAACAUGCUUAAACAUUUGUUGCAGUUGAUCCGUGAAUUGGGGAAUAUCAAUGUGAAGAAGAAGGAGCCUCCUUUCUGUUAUCCAUACAGUCUAAAGGCCAGGGUGUUGGUGCUUUCACAUCUGGCCCGCAUGGAGGUGUCAGAGGAGUUAGAGGAAGAUCAGAGAUUUGUGUUGAGGAAGACUCCAGCUCUCCUCCAGGAGAUGAUCAACAUAGGCUGCCAGCUCACCAUGAUGGCAAACAGCAGAGGAGCUUUCCACGCUCCCAGACUGACAACCAUUGAGAAUUUUAUGAAGCUGACCCAAAUGAUCGUGCAGGGCCUGCAGGAGUCCAAGUCACCGCUGCUGCAACUGCCUCAUUUCGAAGAGGAGAAUCUCCGCUACUGCAUUUCAAAGAAGUAUAAGGUGCGGUCCCUGCAGGACCUGGUCAGUCUAAAGGACUCAGACCGACGCAACAUGCUGCGUUUCCUCGGGGAGGAGAAGUACGAUGAGGUCAUUGCUGUGCUGGGCAGCUUCCCUCAUAUCACCAUGGACAUCAAGCUCCAGGUCCUUGAUGAUGAAGACAGCCAUAACAUCACCGCAGGCUCAAUCGUCACAGUAACUGUUACCUUAACCAGAAAGCGUAUGGCAGAUAUGUUUGAGAAGGAGCAGGAAGCAUCAACAUGUCAAGGAGAAGAGGCUACCAAUACAGAGGAAGCAGGAGACACGAAUAAGGCCAAAACAAAAGUUUGGCAAAACAAGAAUAAAGGGGCCAAAAAGACAGCCAAGUCCAAGAAGAAGAAAUUGACCAAGAAAAAAGCCACGCCUGCUCCUAUUAAAGCCAAGCAGGCUAACGGCAAUGUGGCAGGAAAUGAAACGGCCGCUGUAGCAUCAUCUGCAGCAUCCGCAACGAAAGAGGAAGAUGAUGAAGCCUCAGAUAAGGGCAGCGAGUCAGAGGAAGGUGAAGCCAACAAGGACUCUCCCAGCGAAAGAGACGAUGAAAGCGACAAACAGAGCGACACUGAGGUUGAUGAGGGUGCUGGAGACGACGAAGAGGAGUGGGAGGCACUGCAGCAGAGCAUCCAGCGGCGAGAACGGGCGCUGCUGGAAACGAAGUCGAAGGUGACGCAUUCGGCCUAUAGCCUUUACUUCCCAGAAGAGAAGCAAGAGUGGUGGUGGCUGUACAUCGCUGAUCGCCGAGAUCAGACACUCGUCUCUAUGCCCUACCACGUCUGCACGCUAAAAGACUCUGAAGAGGUGGAGCUAAAGUUUCCAGCCCCAUCCAAAAGGGGCAACUAUCAGUACUCAGUCAUCCUCCGUUCCGAUUCCUACCUGGGCCUAGAUCAGAUCAAACCACUGAAGCUUGAGGUCCACGAGGCCAAGGCAAUGUUGGAUAACCAUCCGCAGUGGGACAUCCCCGACACGGAGGAGGAGGACGAGGAGCAGGAGGACAGCGACGGCAUCGAGGAGAGCGACGACGAAGACGAGGACAACGACUGAAGGGGCAGACGGGGAACGUGUUCAGGCCCCUCCCCCCCGGAGCGGAUGCCCAUUCACUAGUGACGAGGAGAAGCCGUGCCUGCCAUAAACAAAGCGAAACAAAAACCACACAAUGAAUAAAUCACUGAGGAAAGUUUAUACACCCAGAAGCCGCCACCGUUUUACUUUUCCAUCAUGAACUGUGACCCCACAUCUGUCUCGCCCUUUCUAAAGAGACUUGUUUCAUGGGGGAUUUCUGUGAAUACUAACAGGCCUGAGUGUGUGAGUAAAUGAGUGUGUGCUGUGUAAAGUGUAUGUGUUUGUACAGGAAUGAGAGCAGACCAGUUUGGACUAAAGGACCUAUUACUAUAAAAUGGGCUCUUUUCCUCGAGGCGGAUAAGUAACGGCUACAUCUGUUUGCAAAAACUAACUGAAACUGUAUGGAGAUUGUCUCCGGACUUUCUUUCAGUUUUUCAGUUUUUAAAAUCGUUCUGCACCAAUUUUUUCUCCACACCAGUGAUACUUUCUGUUGUAUAUCUUAUCUGCAGAGGUGAAUAUUAAAGAAACAUUUUGUCUUUUGAGUCCAGAGGGGCACAAGUUUAUUUUAUUGUAUUCCUUUUUAAAAGUUUUUGUUUUUCUCCUUGGCAUCACAACUGAUUUUUAUUUGUACAUUUUUAUGUACUUCAUAUUUAGGGAGAUGUCUGCGGAGAGAAUGGGGAGGAAAUUGUUUUUGUUGUAUUAAAAAAAAGAAAAACUGCUGGAUCUUGACAUAUUUUGCUUCAAACUAGGAGAAAAUGACCAAAUUUGCAGUGUUAAAAGAUAUGAAAAAUAUAAAUGCCCCAGCCAAAAUUUGAUUGGCUAUCAGUAGAUCAUAUAUUAAACAGGUUUCUUCUCCCAUUUUUAUUUAGUGUAUCCAGAUGAUUUCCCUUUUAUUAAUGCACCUUUGGACUACAAUAAAAAUCUGAAAGUUUAGGGUAAAAUGUUUUGAUUCAGAAAUGAGGGUAAUCUUUUUUUUUUCCUGCUACUUAAAAACUACCUCUGUCAAAGAACCUACAGCACACGUUUUUGUUUAUUUUCUCUUAUCUAAAUCGGAAUCAGAAUGUCAGAAAAUGGAAAUAAAAAUAGUUGCCUUUUUUAACAGUUUAAAUCACUUCAUCUCACUCUGAAAAACAAUAAAAGGCUUUUAACCUUUUGUGCCGACUAAGAUGGGGAUCUACUCUCGUAGAAAGGUUCUUUACAGGGUUUCCUUCUUGGUUUUUCCACAUUUGUAGCACAUUCCAGUGUAUGUCAUCGUCCUAUAAGGCCUUAUGAAUACAACUGAAGAAGAUUUGAUUUAUUUUCCCUGUUAAAAACAAAACAAAAAAACAUCCUAAGUGUUUCUUUAUAGUAAACUAAAAAUCCACACUGUCUGGGUUACAUAUCGGUCACUUUGUCUUGAGUUAGUAUAGUUGUUUUCAGAUUUUCGGUUAAGUACUUAGAAGAUUGAAUGUGAUGUUUCUGCCUGUUGGAAGUUAUUUUUGGUUUCAGACUAAAUGUCCUUUAUUUCUGACCACAAAGCAGAACCAGCUCACGUUUGACCCUCGUUUACCAAUCUGACGUUUACAAUGAAAGGGAGCCGUUUUUCAUUUAAAGAUUUUUUUCUCCGUUAAGAUGUUGAAUUAUGUAAUCCGUCUUGGUUUGUUGUGUUCUCUUUAUUUUACACCUUCUGUAAAAGAUCAGAGCUUUAUUAUCCAACUCUGUAAACUCAUUGAGUCGCUUACUUGGAAGUUUUAUUUCUUACUACAUUUCGUUAAGAAAAACUGUUCAUUAUUUUUUGUUUACCAGUACAUACUGGUGACACAUGUAAGUGUAGGAGAUGUGUUUUUGAAUAUUUGAGGCCAUGCUCCAUCCGUAGAGCACAGGCACAGAUAGUACCCCCCUCUGGUAACAGAUCAGAGUAGAGUAAGACUCCAGGUACUCAUACUUCUGCAACAGAAUGUAGCAUCCGUCAGUUUUCUGCAUGGGAGGAAAUUUAAACCCAAAAAGCUGCAUUGAGGCUCCGCCAUCCCUCCCAAGAUGAACCUUAUCCAGGUGAAUGAUAGUUUGGAGAAGCAACUACCCAAAUGACUAUGGAUCUGCCACUUUUGUUUACAAAGAAGCUGUCAUUGUAAAUGGGGAAAAAAUAUAUAUAAUUUGUAUUUAAAAUCAU